CGUCCAGGUGUUGCAGGUCAGCAACACAGCUUCAAGACAAUUGAUGGCAGCUUUGCUGUAGUAGUAGAGCACUCCCACGCCCCGGGUGAUAUUCCCACGCUGCCUCGCCACUCUCCCACGCCCCGGGGGAUAUUCCCACGCUGCCUCGCCACUCUCCCACGCCCCGGGGGAUAUUCCCACGCUGCCUCUCCACUCUCCCACGCCCCGGGGGAUAUUCCCACGCCCCGGGGGAUAUUCCCACGCCCCGGGGGAUAUUCCCACGCUGCCUCUCCACUCUCCCACGCCCCGGGGGAUAUUCCCACGCCCCGGGGGAUAUUCCCACGCUGCCUCGCCACUCUCCCACGCCCCGGGGGAUAUUCCCACGCUGCCUCGCCACUCUCCCACGCCCCGGGGGAUAUUCCCACGGUGCCUCGCCACUCUCCCACGCCCCGGGGGAUAUUCCCACGGUGCCUCGCCACUCUCCCUCGCCCCCGGGGGAUAUUCCCACGCUGCCUCGCCACUCUCCCACGCCCCAGGGGAUAUUCCCACGCUGCCUCGCCACUCUCCCACGCCCCGGGUGAUAUUCCACGCUGCCUCGCCACUCUCCCACGCCCCGGGGGAUAUUCCCACGCUGCCUCGCCACUCUCCCACGCCCCGGGUGAUAUUCCCACGCUGCCUCGCCACUCUCCCACGCACCAGGGGAUAUUCCCACGCUGCCUCGCCACUCUCCCACGCCCGGGUGAUAUUCCCACGCUGCCUCGCCACUCUCCCACGCCCCGGGUGAUAUUCCUACGCUGCCUCGCCACUCUCCCACGCCCCGGGUGA